AAUUCACUGCACACAGACUGACUGACCAUAAAGAGAUGAAUUUUACUGCACUUUUUGGAGACCAAGAUCAAUGUAAAGGUAGGCUAUGUAAAUAGUUUUCAAAUGUUCAGGCUGUAGGCCUAUGCGUAAAAGCUUACCAUCAAAGUAAAAAAAAGAUGUUACAAUAGUGACAGUUAUAUUUGUUUAUUGACUUUUAUAGUUUCCUUUAGGAUGAUUUUAUUAUGAAUAGCAUUUAUUAAUUCAAUUGUCAAUAUUCUGUCUAGAUUUCGCCGAAAAUAAAUAGCGCACAAAGAAACAAACAAAACCAUAAGGUUAUAAUAUAUAGAAAGAUAUCCAUUGACAUAAACAGAAAUGCAGAUGAAAACAAAACGAAAACAUACGGUACGGUUUUCGUUUUGGUAAUUCCUCGAUUGUCGAAACAUACGGUACGGUAAUUCCUCGAUUGUCUUUAAUAAUUUUCUAACGCAAUACCGGUAUUUUAGGCUACUUAAAUAAUAAUCUAUGAACCAUAUGAUGAUUAUGAUUCUCAAACAUUUAGUUUUUGUUGUUGUUUAGAUGUGAGGAAUGACAAUGGACUUUCAUCACCUGAACCUGAGAGACGUGGGUUUAAAGAGGGCCAAAGGAAGCGCAAAAGAACCAUCUUCAGCCGCGCGCAAUUGUCUGAGUUGGAACAAGCUUUCGCUCUGAUGCCGUACCCAGACAUCACUCUCCGUGAACGCUUGGCUGCACAAACGCAUCUACCUGAAAGCAAGAUACAGGUUUGUGUAGUGAUAAUAACUAAAAGUUCGUUAUUUACACUUUCUGUAUAUAUAGUUGAAGUCGGAAGUUUACAUACACUUAGGUUGGAGUCAUUAAAACUCGUAUUUCAAGCACUCCACAAACGUCUUGUUAACAAACUAUAGCUAGUUUUGGCAAGUCGGUUAGGACAUCUACUUUGUGCAUGACAAAAGUAAUUUUUCCAACAAUUGUUUACAGACAGAUUAUUUCACUUAUAAUUCACUGGAUCACAAUUCCAGUGGGUCAGAAGUUUACAAACACUAAAUUGACUGUGCCUUUAAACAGCUUGGAAAAUUCCAGAAAAUGAUUUCAUGGCUUUAGAAGCUUCUGAUAGGCUAAUUGACAUCAUUUGAGUCAAUUGGAGGUGUACCUGUGGAUGUAUUUCAAGGCCUACCUUCAAACUCAGUGCCUCUUUGCUUGACAUCAUGGGAAAAUCAAAAGAAAUCAGCCAAGACCUCAGAAAAAUAUUGUAGACCUCCACAAGUCUGGUUCAUCCUUGGGAGCAAUUUCCAAAUGCCUGAAGGUACCAUGUUAAUCUGUACAAACAAUAGUACGCAAAUACAACCAUCAUGGGACCACACAGCCGUCAUACUGCUCAGGAAGGAGACACGUUUUGUUUCCUAGAGAUUUCAUGCGAAAAGUGCAAAUCAAUCCCAUAACAACAGCAAAGGACCUUGUGAAGAUGCUGGAGGAAACAGGUACAAAAGUAUCUAUAUCUACAGUAAAACGAGUCCUAUAUCGACAUAACCUGAAAGGCUGCUCAGCAAGGAAGCAGCCACUGCUCCAAAACCGCCAUAAAAAAGCCAGACUACGGUUUGCAACUGCACAUGGGGACAAAGAUCGUACUUUUUGGAGAAAUGUCCUCUGGUCUAAUGAAACAAAAAUAGAACUGUUUGGCCAUAAUGACCAUUGUUAUGUUUGGAGGAAAAAGGGGGUGCUUGCAAGCCGAAGAACACCAUCCCAACCGUGAAGCACAGCGUCAUGCUGUGGGGGUGCUUUGCUGCAGGAGGGACUGGUGCACUUCACAAAAUAGAUGGCAUCAUGAGGAAGGAAAAUUAUGUGGAUAUAUUGAAGCAACAUCUCAAGACAUCAGUCAGGAAGUUAAAGCUUGGUCGCAAAUGGGUCUUCCAAAUGGACAAUGACCCCAAGCAUACUUGCAAAGUUGUGGCAAAAUGGCUUAAGGACAACAAAGUCAAGGUAUUGGAGUGGCCAUCACAAAGCCCUGACCUCAAUCCUAUAGAACAUUUGUGGGCAGAACUGAAAAAACGUGUGCGAGCAAGGAGGCCUACAAACCUGACUCAGUUACACCAGCUCUGUCAGGAGGAAUGGGCCUAAAUUUACCCAACUUAUUGUGGGAAGCUUGUAGAAGGCUACCCAAAAUGUUUGACCCAAGUUAAACAAUUUAAAGGCAAUGCUACCAAAUACUAAUUGAGUGUAUGUAAACUUCUGACCCACUGGGAAUGUGAUGAAAGAAAUAAAAACUGAAAUAAAUAAUUCUCUCUACUAUUAUUUUGACAUUUCACAUUCUUAAAAUAAAGUGGUGAUCCUAACUGACCUAAGACAGGGCAUUUUUACUAGGAUUAAAUGUCAGGAAUUGUGAAAAACUGAGUUUAAAUGUAUUUGGCUAAGGUGUAUGUAACCUUCCGACUUCAACUGUAUCUAUGCAUUUAGGCUACAACAACAUAUUUACCUGACUCUACUCAUUGUUCACAGAUGUGGUUCCAAAACAGACGGGCAAGAAGCAUCAAGAGUGGAAGACUCACCAAAUCAACUAAGACUACUUUUGGAAGAGGUGCAACAUGCCAACUUCGCCCAAUGGUCCCAUCCCCUGGUCCCUCCUUCACCCCAACCACAAUGGGGGAGAUGUUCCGACCAGACCAGAUUCAGUGUGAUGAUGGUCAGCAGUUCUACUCCGACUGGAUCCAUCUCUACAGCAACCCUGUGACUCAUCAGCCUACACUCGUCUCCCCAAACCUAGCAGAAUCCCUACUGUGGGAGGAAGACCGCCGAUCUCACCUGGGAUCUCUUGCUACUACCACUGCACCCAUUGGAAGACAAGCACAUUCCUCACUGUCAUAUCGGGAUGGGUUCAACCAGACCUGCGUGGGCACCUCAGGGUAUAGAAACUUUCCGCCACAGACUCUAGCAGGCUCACAGGCCAGAUAUGGUCAUCAAACCUCAGUGGACCAGGUUGUCCCCUCCCAUCCACAGCAGAUGUACUGGGAUGUGACUCAAGGACAGGGCCAUCAUCCUCAGGUGGGCCCCCAGACCUCCAUCGGAUACAUCUCAGACCUGAUCUAUAAUGCUGCUAUUGUCACCAACUUCCUGGAGUUC